AUGGAGCUUCAGCUGCCAUCUACCAUACAAGAGGCAGAAGCCUUAGUACUGGCUCUCUACGAACCGUCUCCUCCUGAGACCAUUGCGCGCAUCCAAGAGACGCUUCAUCGCAUGCAAAGAUCCCCUUCCGGCUGGUGGAUCGCCCGUGAUCUCUUAGGCUACGCAGACGACAAGGUCAAGUUCUUCGGUGCCCUCACCCUGAUUGUCAAGCUUAAUACCGAAAGGUUGUAUACUACCUCUCAAUAUGGCCAGCAUCGCCACUAA